UGGGCACCACCCUCUUCACAAGCUGCUGCUUGUCCUUGAGGCAACUGCAUAAAGACCAAAUCUGUGAGAGGAGAUUACUUCAUGAGAAGGGUGGAGGGAGGAGUGGGUUCUAUGUAGCAGCAACAAGAGGGUGUGGCCCAACAGAGGAAGAAGACAGGGAGAGGCCUGUUGAGUUCUUAGGGAGGAGGUGCGCACUAGUUUCUGGGUUGUCUUUGGCUUCUGGAAUGGUGUUUGGUUUUCCAAGAGAUGGGCUGGCAGUGAAGCAGGGUCUCUUGGCUGGGAGGAUUCCUGGUUUAUCUGAGCCUGAUGAAAAAGGUUGGAGGACAUACCGGAGACCGGAUGACAAGUCUGGAGGACAUGGAGUGGGUUGGAGCCCAAUAAUCCCAUACACCUUCAAAGUUCCUGAGGGCUGGGAAGAGGUUCCUGUAUCAAUUGCUGAUCUUGGUGGUACAGAGAUUGAUUUAAGAUUUGCAAGCUCACAAGAAGGUCGCCUGUUUGUUAUUGUAGCUCCUGUUCUGAGAUUUGCAGAUCUUGGAGAAAAUGCCAGAAUUGAACAAAUUGGACCACCUGAGAAGGUGAUCAAUGCUUUUGGGCCAGAAGUUAUUGGUGAGAAUGUAGAAGGGAAGGUUCUAAGCAUGGAAGUAGCAGAGCAUUCAGGAAGAACAUAUUAUCAGUACGAACUGGAACCUCCCCAUGCACUCAUCACAGCAACCGCUGCUGGAAACCGGCUCUACUUGUUCAAUGUAACUGCAAAUGGUCUUCAAUGGAAGAGGCACUUCAAGGACUUGAAACAGAUUGCAGAUUCUUUUCGUGUAAUAUAAAAUUGCAUGGGUUGAAGAAAUAUCAUGUAUAGUUUUUCUUAAUAAUUAAUGAAUAUUUUGCGACACAAUCACAACAUUA